CCUUAUUUCUACCAUCGACUGCGGUGAAGUCGCUCCAUACUCAGUCACAGUCAUGAAACCAAGAGAAUAUUGCUGCUGCGCUAUCCCCCUCGUCAACCCUGGCAUUUAUACGACACUGACGGAACAGUUCGUACUAGGUAUUGUAGUGGGAACGCUUUCGGUAGCAACCCCUUCCAUUGUUGGAGCGGCAACUCCCUCUAUUGCUCCUUGGCUCUUCGCCAUUAUCUGUUACGUGGGGGCAGCGAUUCAGAUACUUGGAUUUCUUGGUGUCGCCCAAGAAAAACCCAUCUUAUAUCGCAGAUAUGUCACUCUACACGGUAUAUGCACCUGUGCGGCCUUCGCAAUAGCCGCUACUUGGACCAUUAUAUCUGCUGCCCGUCACUCGACUGCCCAGUCUAACUGCGAGAAUACGUUCUUUCCGUCGAGUGAUUCCGGAAACGACACCUCUACCUUGGGUCAGACGAUGUGUAACAUCUUCCCUUGGGUUGAUGUGGGUCUCAUGGGGGCCGCUUGGAUAUUCUUUGCUGGAGUACAAGGUUAUCUUUACUUCGUCGUUUCUUCUUACGGCGCCUCCCAGAGAGAGGAUCACGAGAAGUACGAGGCACUCAAUGACUCCACGAAACCACUGACAGAUGAUAUCCCAAUGGCUGAUCGUGGCGAUCCUUGGGACUCUAGAGCAUCUGGAGAGUUUGAAUAUGGCCGUGGUGGCUAUGGACACUCGAGGAACACGAGCACUGCGUCCACUGUUGCAGGUGCUCCGCCUGUCAGGGAAGCUAACAACGCGGGCUAUGGUGACUACACUUUGUCUUCCUAUGCUCCGCAUGGAGGUCCGGAGCACGAGAAUUCUAGGAAGACAAGCAUAAUCCAGUCCAGUGCUUCAGAAAUGGAGCCUUCCCCUUACACUCCAAACCAUUAUGCAAGGUAUAAUGGCGCGUGACCACUCCUUGCCGAGAAUAUACUUUUAUGGCCAUCCGACACGAUGUCAAGUCUUCAGAAUUACUGUAACCAUGUACAUUCCCGACCUUGCAAUUAGUUGUAACUACUGACAACUGUGCAAUUAUUAUGCUACCCCGUCGACACGUCUCCUGUUGGCUAGCUUACCGCACACGCAGUGUAUCUGUUAAGAUUUCUUUCCUUUCGCGGAGAGGACAGCACGGCGUGCGAAGCAUCUGAUUGUGAUUUCCGGAUGCCACGCGGGAUAAUUAGAGGCGUAUCAUGAUUCUGAUCUUUCAUCUGCAAUGUGCGAGCGCGUUGCACUGGAUACUUUGGGGCAGGUGGUUGUUAAGAUCUGAGAGAGAACGGGCGACUAUCGCUGCAGUUGCUUAGAUUGGGACAAUUGGCGUGAAGAGCUUCGGUAUCAUAAUCCAUAGCUAGA